GUAGAGUAUCAGUCGGGCAGUUGGGCCAACAAUCGGCGUUUCUUCCGCCUAUGGCGCAGGACCUGCUGCUCCGCGCCGCGCAGUAUGGCGACAUCGAAGAGGCCGCCUUGCUGAUCCAGCGAGGGCUGGCCAAGCCGGAAACGGUGUCGCCGCCCACAAACACCACGGCUUUGCAUGCUGCCUGCCGCGCGCAGAAUCUGGACAUGGUGGACCUGCUCAUGACCGCCAGGGCCUGUCCCAACGCCCAAGAGAUCACCCAAUGUGGGGGCCGCGCACCGCUACACUUAGCAGCGCAGGCCAAUCUCACCGAGAUCGCCACACGGCUGCUGGUGGGAGGUGCCAACCCAGUGCUCCGGGACGCGCGCGGUAGCACGCCGCUCCACGCGGCAGCCUUGGAAGGCCGGGCAGAAGUUACCAAGCUGCUGCUGGCGCAUGGUGGGGACCCCUUCAUGCGCGACUUCGCCGGCUUCAAUGCUGCCUGGUGGGCCAAGGAGUUCAAGCACCAAGAAGUUUUGGAUGUCUUUUCAGCGCAGCAGGUGGAACCCCUGAAGAUGAGCGCCAAGGAACGCCUGGACUUCUCCGGGGUGUACAAGCAAGGGGUAGCCAAGAAGAAGAAGGAGAAUGAAAAGAGCGGCCGCGGAAAAUCGCCCGCUGUCACCGCAAAGAAGAAGUAACCUGACGCUACCUUCCGUCCAACAAACACGGAAUGGAACACGCCCC